GUGAAAGGAGCAAGUUGCGAGAUUGAGGGUGGUUCGUAUAAUAACUACCGCCAGUUCCGGUGCAUGGCCUUUUGGCGUUUGAAGAUUUCAGUUGUCUACUUUUCUUCCAGUUUUGAGGAAAGGGGCCAGAGGUAGAGGAGGCUGAAGAAGACAUUUGCGACAACCGCCAUGUUCCAUCGUUCGUACGUGAAUUUGGCUCAAACCUGAAUCGUGGAUAAAGAAGGAAGUUGAGAGGGAGAAGAAAAAACUAUAGUUAAGAUAGGGGGAAAAAAACAAUAGAGAUCGACUGAAGGGAUGACGGACGCGAUAUUGGAUCAGCUUGGUUCGGAGUUGGUGAUGCAGGAGGUGAUCGCCAAACAACAGACGCCGUUGCCGCCUCCCAUCGCCGCCGACGCUAGCUACGUGGACCAUGACAUCAACCUCGCCGCCUCCUCCGACAUGUCUUCCAACUCCUCCGACUCCGAGAUCGACAACUACAUCAUCAUGUCUCAAUCCGCCGUUGGCAAGCACCGCCUCUUCGGCCGCCAGAAGCCUCUCCACGUCGUCCUCGGCGCCGGCAAACGUGCGGACCUAAUACUGUGGAGAAACAAGCAGUUGUCGGGAAGCAUAUUCGGCGGCGUUACCUUCGUAUGGCUGUGCUUCGAAUGGACAGGGUAUCAUUUGGUCACCUUUCUUUGCCACUCCCUCAUCCUCGUCCUCGCCACGCUCUUCCUCAGCGCCAAUCUAGCGGCCUUCAUCAAUGUGUCGCCUAUUGAAUUCCCUAGGGUUGAUGUGUCGGAGCGCUUCCUGACCUCGACUCUGCUCAUGCUCGGGGCUCAACUCAACUGUGUGGUUAGAACUUUCCGGGAUGUUGCCUCCGGAAGGGACUUGAAGAAGUUCGUCAAGGUGAUUGUGUCGUUGUGGCUUCUCUCUGUAAUCGGCAGCUGGUUCAGUUUCCUGACUCUGUUUUACCUUGUGUUCGCGUCGGUGUUAACAGUGCCACUACUUUAUGAGAAGAAUGAGGAUGCUGUCGAUUCGUAUGCCGAAAAGGCAUGGGUAGAAAUUAAGAAGCAGUAUGCAGUUCUGGAUGAGAAGUACCUACACAAAUUCCCAAUACUCUCUUCCCUCAAGGCACAUAAGCAGCAUUAAGCCUUUUCUACUUAUUUUACUUCUCAAUCUCUUGUGUUGCUUGUAAUCCACGUUACAAGAACCAUACCAGCUAUUGCACCCUCAUCUACUUCUGUUACAAGUUAGAUGAAUUUCUACUGAAAAAUACGUUUAGUUA